CCAGAACAAUAAGAGGGGUAGUUAACACUGUCAGUUUUAACGACGGAUAUUGCUAUGCCUGCAUUAGAAGCACUGUUGGUUUGUUUAUUUGUAAGAAUUGGAUGCAUUUUGGCCCAGGACACAGUUGUCGGUGACUUAGUGCUCCAUCCUGUAUGCCUCACACACGAUGAUUGCCUGGAAAACGAAAUCUGUACGAACCAAAAGUGUGAGAACCCAUGCAACUGCGCCUGUGGGGGCAACACCACCUGCCAUGUAGAAAAUCACGUGGUUGCUUGCGCGUGCUGGCCGGGUUAUUCCGGGGACGCGAUAAAAGGAUGUAUACAAGACCAUUACUCAGGGUGCUGGCCACCAUAUGCCGGAGCUAUAAAGCGGUACGAAGUCGAGGCAAUUAAGGUUAACUGGUAUACAGCCUAUGCUCAUUGCUUGACUCACGGCCGUCGUCUCGCCACCAUAACAUCCUGUGAGGAAAACGAACAGAUAAAGGAAGUUAUCCGGCAAUCCGGACUUGGUCCUCAAUUUUGGGCCUCGGGGACGGACUACUCUCUUGGCUCGUACUGGACGUGGAUGAGCACCGGACACCCCUUCACCUUCACGGACUGGAGCCCUAACCAGCCUGACAACUGGCAGGACCUCCCCGGGGGCGAGCAUUGCCUGGAGCUCUGGCAGGAUGGUCAGUAUCGCUGGAACGAUAGGAACUGUAUGGAACUACAAUUCCCGAUUUGUGAAUAUUAUGAAUGACCAUAAUAUUUGUAGAUAAUACUAUGAUGGUGAUUUUACACAAAUAAAAUUCGCUGUACAUUUAUCUAGA